ACGUUUAGCAUGCUGUCCAUUAUCCCUCCCUCCGUUCACUCUUCACUCUUCUGGCACCCGGGCUUUUUUGCAUCUCACAGCCUCUUAUAUUGCCCUUGGCCAGAUGAUUCACAUGCUUCCAUCGCCUCCGAGACUAAAGUUGGCGCUGUGGUCCUUUUCUCUUGUUUCUCUGGUCCCAUUCCUUGACAACAUGCUUCACAUCCGAGCCGCUCAAUCUUCACUGAUUCAUUCCCAUGACCACCCUAUCGAAGCUUUGAUUCAUGAAUCUCGACUGAAAUUUGAGGGCCUAAUCAAAAGCCAGUCUGCAAAUUACUCUGCCGCUUGUGACGAGUAUGUACGUCGAUACGGGGUCCCACCACCACCCGGCUUCGAAGCCUGGUUUGAGUAUGCAAAGCGGCAUCAUUCACCUAUCAUUGACGACUUCGACACGCUCUACAGUGGUAUUUCGCCUUUUUGGAGGCAGACUGGCGAGGAGUUUUUGCAAGUCAUGAGCCGCGCGUAUCAUGCCCCGAACAGCGAGCUGUGGCUCUGUGAAUUCUCGGGGUCCCUGGCUCACACUUCCUGUCGGCACCCGUAUCGCGCUCGCGACAGGAGCAUCCAGUUCCUAUUCAAUACAGCGCUGGGAGACCUGCGCGGUGCACUACCGGACAUCAAGUUCCUUGUCAAUCAUCUUGACGAGCCUCGAGUGAUGAUCCCGCCAGAUCCUCGCGGGUCGUCGGUUGACAUCGGCCAGUUCAACAUAACCGAUUUCUCCAGACAGUCGGUCAUGAAUAUGCCCACGAAACCCUGCUCCUCCCAAGUGCCGGAGAAUCGCCACCUAGGCCAACAGCCCUCUGCCCUCCCUCUCGUCGCCGAUCGCCCACCAGCGCUAGACCUCUGUCGACACCCCGAGUACGGCGCCAUGCACGGCCUGCUGAUGAGCCCGACGACUUUCCGCCUGAUCGAAGGCCUCGUGCCUGUCCUGUCCACCGGCGCGCUGUCAACCAUGGGCGACAUACUCUACCCCAGCCCCGCCUACAUCGAGCCCGAAUUCCAGUACACCGAAGCCCACGACGUCGAAUGGGCCCACAAGCGCAACACCAUCUCCUGGGCCGGGUCUACCACCGGCGGCUUCGUCACGAACGACGACCAGUGGCCACACUUCCACCGUCAACGAUUCGUCGCGCUGGCGCAGAAUCUACACCACCGCCAUCAUCCCCAGUAUCCCUACUACUACCUCCACAAAACCCCCACCGGCGCCGUCCACCUUCACCCAUCCUCCUUCCUCAACACCCGACUCUUCGACGUCGCCUUCACAACCCUACUCCAGUGCACAAGACCCUACUGCGCCCAGCAACGCUCAUUCUUCCGCCUCAAACCCCGCACCGACAAGCACCACGCCCUACGCGCGCGCCUCGUCUUCGACACCGACGGAAACGGCAUCAGCGGCCGCUUCCACCGGCUCCUUGCGUCGAAAUCCGCCCCCCUCAAACAAACCCUCCUGCGAGAGUGGCAUGACGAUCGUCUGGUGCCGUGGGUCCACUUCAUCCCUGUCAGCCAGGCCAUGCAUGAGCUUCCUGAGAUGGUGUCCUAUCUCAUGUUGACUGGGAAGGGGCGGGGAAUUGCUAAGGAUAUCGCGGACCAGGGGAGGGUCUGGUUUGGAAAGGCCUUGAGGGACGUGGUUCGGGCGGUCUAUCUUUAUCGGCUCAUGUUGGAGAUGGCGAGGUUGCAGGAUCCGGAAAGGGGGGCUUUGGUGGAAUAGUUGGUUUUAUUUUUUUAUUUUAAUUACCCACGGAGAUGUUCAAUG